GGAAGGAGAAAGCUAAACGAAGGGUUUAAGCGAGGUUUCGAUUCAAAGGCGGCGUCCUCUCUCUCUCUCUCUCUCUCACUCAUCAACACCGCCAUUUUAUCGAUGCUCAUGAUCUCCCUUCUUCCCUUCAAAACCCUAGCUUUUGAUGUUGUGCAGCGCUAAAACCCUAAUCCCUUCUCAACUCAACCCAUUGCCAAUCCAACCCCAUCCAAACCCUUUCAAUUCGAUUUCAUCCCCAAAUCCCUCUCAAAUCUCUGCGCAAAUGUAUCGAACCCUCGCUCGAACAAUCCCUCGCUCUACCAAAACCCUCUCCUCUUCAAUCCCUCAACUCUCCAAUUUCAUGGGUUUUCCUCAAAACCCCUCGUCCUCCCAUAAAAAUCCCAUCUUCACUCUUAUCGGUAAUCCCCAAAAGGUUGAAUUUUCCACUUUUGAUGGAAUUUUGAAGCCCUUGGCUCGAGAAGUUCCCCGAUUUUUUACCGGCACACGAUCAUUUGCUAGCGUUGCCGAGGCUGAGGUUGAGGUUGAAGCAGCGUCUUCAACUGAUGCUGACGAGGCUGCAGAGAUACAAGAAAUCUUGGAAGAGCUUAGCAAAGUUCAGGUAAGUACUAGCAAUAAUGCUGCUAGUGAAAAUACUAAUAGAAAAAGAAAUUUUGAGAAAACCCAGCAUAGGCCUUUGGGAAUGGGCACUGGUAAAUAUGCAAUUUUAAGAAGGAGACAGAUCAAGAUUGAGACUGAAGCUUGGGAGCAAGCGGCGAAGGAGUACAAGGAGCUUUUGGCUGAUAUGUGUGAGAGGAAGCUAGCGCCGAAUUUGCCAUAUGUGAAGUCUUUGUUUUUGGGUUGGUUUGAGCCUUUUAGGGAUGCGAUUCUGAAGGAGCGGAAGAUUUGCGAGGAUCCUAAGUGUAAGGCCUCUCAUAGGGCGUACUUUAAUAAGCUCCCGGCAGAUAUGAUGGCCGUGAUUACUAUGCAUAAGUUGAUGAGUCUUUUGAUGACCGGGGUUGGUGAUGGGAGUGUUAGAGUUGUGCAGGCUGCGUGCCAUGUUGGUGAGGCUAUUGAGCAGGAGGUGAGGAUCCAUAGGUUUUUGGAAAAAACUAAGAAAAAGCCUGCUAAAGCUUCGGACAAUGGUGAUGGAGAAGUUGAUAGUUCAGCAAAGGAGCAGGAAAUUAUUCGCAAAAAGGUUACAAAUUUGAUGAAGAUGCACAAGCUGCACCAAGUAAGGAAGAUCGUGAAGGGGCAAGAUGACUGUAGACCGUGGGGCCAGGAAGCUCAGGCUAAGGUCGGGAGUCGCCUUAUUGAACUGUUAAUGGAUACAGCUUACAUACAACCUCCUGUUGAUCAGAAAGCAGAGGGUCCACCUGAUAUUCGCCCUGCAUUCAGGCACUCACUUAGAACAGUCACAAAGGAACAUCACAAAAUGAGCCGGCGAUAUGGGGUUAUUGAGUGUGAUCCAAUAGUUCGUCAAGGGUUGGACAGGACUGCAAGGCACAUGGUUAUUCCGUAUGUGCCAAUGUUGGUGCCUCCAAUUAAUUGGACUGGCUAUGACAAAGGUGGACAUUUGUUUUUACCAUCUUACGUCAUGCGUAUACAUGGAGCUAGACAACAACGUGAGGCAGUUAAAAGGGCCCCAAAAAAGCAAUUACAAGCAGUUUUCGAGGCACUAGAUGCAGUAGGUAGUACCAGAUGGAGGAUUAACAAAAGGGUCCUGAGUAUUGUUGACAGAAUAUGGUCCAGUGGUGGUCGUCUUGCUGACCUGGUCGAUCGAGAUGAUAUUCCUCUCCCAGAGAAGCCUGACACCGAAGAUGAAUCAAAAAUUAAGAAGUGGAAAUGGAAAUUAAGAUCUGCAAAGAAGGAGAAUAGUGAAAGACACUCCCAGCGGUGUGACGUGGAACUUAAACUUGCUGUAGCUAGAAAAAUGAAAGAUGAAGAGGGCUUCUACUAUCCACACAACCUGGACUUUAGAGGUCGUGCAUAUCCCAUGCACCCAUAUUUAAAUCAUCUUGGGUCAGAUUUGUGUCGUGGCGUUUUAGAGUUUGCAGAAGGUCGUCCAUUAGGAAAAUCAGGUUUGCGCUGGUUGAAGAUACAUUUGGCAGGUCUCUAUGGUGGUGGAGUUGAUAAAUUAUCAUAUGAUGGAAGGAUAGCAUUUACCGAGAAUCACGUGGAGGAUAUAUUUGACUCGGCAGAUCGACCACUCGAAGGCAGACGGUGGUGGUUAGGUGCUGAAGAUCCUUUCCAGUGCUUGGCAGUUUGCAUCAAUCUUGCUGAAGCACUGAGGAGCUCCUCACCAGAGACUACAAUCUCACAUGUGCCUGUGCAUCAGGAUGGUUCUUGUAAUGGUCUUCAGCAUUAUGCAGCUCUAGGAAGAGACCAGUUAGGGGCUGUUGCAGUGAACUUAGUUACUGGAGAGAAACCUGCAGAUGUUUACUCAGGAAUAGCUGCCAGGGUACUUGAUAUCAUGCAACAGGAUGCUGCCAAAGACCCAGCCAAGGAACCUGAUGCUCUCCGCGCCAAACUGUUAGUUGAUCACGUUGAUAGAAAAUUGGUGAAGCAAACUGUCAUGACAUCUGUUUACGGCGUCACUUAUGUUGGUGCACGUGAGCAAAUAAAAAGAAGGCUGAAGGAACGAGGUGCUAUUGCAGAUGAAGCUGAACUAUUUAGUGCUUCUUGUUACGCGGCAAAAACGACCUUGAUUGCACUUGAACAAAUGUUUCAAGCGGCACGGAAUAUCAUGAACUGGCUAGGGGAUUGUGCAAAGAUAAUUGCUUCAGAGAAUCAACCAGUUAGGUGGACAACUCCUCUCGGGCUACCUGUUGUCCAACCAUACCGCAAACUUGGAAGACAUCUUAUUAAGACUUCUCUUCAAGUUUUGACCUUGCAACGGGAAACAGAUAAGGUUCUGGUUAAGCGGCAGAGAACAGCUUUUCCACCUAAUUUUGUCCACUCUCUUGAUAGUUCUCAUAUGAUGAUGACUGCAGUUGCUUGCAAAAGGGCAGGAUUGAAUUUUGCAGGAGUCCAUGACUCAUAUUGGACACAUGCAUGUGAUGUUGAUCAAAUGAACAUUAUACUUCGUGAAAAGUUUGUGGAGCUCUACGAGACACCAAUUUUGGAGAAUUUAUUGGAGAGCUUUCAGAAAUCUUUUCCCACGUUAAAUUUCCCGCCAUUACCAGAGCGGGGAGACUUCAAUCUCAAAGAUGUCAUUGAUUCAACAUAUUUCUUCAACUGAGGCUUUUCCUUUCAACAUCUGACUGUUCUCUUGAGCAUCAUCUCUGUACAAAUUAUACACCAUUAACUUGGCAUCAUGCAAGCUAGAGCUCCUGAAUUUGCAUGAAUUGGCUCUGAUACCACCUUCUCAAAGAGCCAAAACUUCGGACAAGCUUAAUGUGAGACUCGACAUAGAGAUGGUCACUGUUGGAAAUAAAUAAGAAGUGCCAUCCAACAAAACGAGCAACAAUUGUCAUUAAGGA